AUGCAAGAUAUGCACGUCUUGUAUGCCCAUGAGUGCACCCGAACUUUCCGCAUAGAAAACCUCACCCCAGACGAUGUCUGGGAAGAGGCGCAAAACAAUUCUGAGUAUCGAGUGCGAGUCUACGACUCGGAGCGCGCUUCGGUCCGAGACCGUCCGCUCAAAGAGCUGGUUGCGAACCGUGUUCUGUACAGAAAUCGAGGGUGGUGCAAGGCGGAGGUUGAGUGGUCCUCCGCCCGGAGCCAUUCCGAACAGAACCGCUGGAUCGAUGCUCCCGAGCAAGAGCCGACAGAGCUGCUGGGCAAAGUGCCCAUGGUUCCGGAGAUUUUUGCAGAAGAAAUGAACUCGGCAGCCUUCACCCAUCGGUCUGAUGCCGAAGAGGUGAAGAAGCUGCAGUUUAAGGUUUUCAUCCAGAAAGUCUCCGAGUGCGAAGAGGCGCUCUUCGAACGUCUGCCCAGAGGGCAGCUGGGGCAGCUGGCAAAGGCCCUGCCUUACUUCAAGAAGCUGAGGGUGCUGAGGCUCCUGGACUUUAAGGUGGGCCGAGCAGAGGCAGGGGAGUUCGCGCAGGCGCUAGCACGGAACGAAGCGAUUCGCGAGCUCGAGAUACGUGGCCUGAGGGGGUUUGGCGCUGAGCCCGAGAUGCUUGGCCAUGGGCAUGAAUAUGACUAUGGUUUCCUAUGGGAGGCAAUCGCCGAAGCUUUGAAGACGAACUCCACCCUCACCAGCAUCAACCUCGAAGGCAACCGCAUCGACGAGGAUGGUGGGAAGGCGAUUGGAGAAGCGCUGAAGAGCAACUCCACACUCGCCAGCAUCAACCUCGGAUUCUGCAACAUCGGCGAGGGUGCGCAGGCGAUCUGCGAAGCGUUGAAGACCAACUCAACGCUCACCAGCAUAAACCUCGAACGGAACCACAUCGGCAAUGAGGGUGGCAAGGCGAUCGGCAAAGCUUUGAAGACGAACUCAACCCUCACCAGCAUCAACCUCGAAAGCAACUUCAUCGGCGGUGAGGGUGGGAAGGCGAUCGCCGAAGCAUUGAGGAGCAACUCCACACUCACCAGGAUUGAGCUCGCUUACAACCGCAUCGGCAAUAAGGGUGGGAAGGCCUGGUUGGCUUCAGAGCGGUGA